UAGGUUGGUAGAACUGUAGAAAAUAAAAGUUACGAAAAUACAACUGUUUUCUUUUUUGUUUAAUUUAAUUUAACGCUUUUCAUUCGUUUUUAAGUUUUAUUUGACAUCAACAUCGUGAGUUAACGAAAUUAUUGCAUUAAAAAAACAAGCACUUUUCGUCCAAUUGUCGAAAUAUAAUAAGAAACUACUAAAAUAGCCUGCUUCCCAAUGGCCACUGUCCAAGAAUUUGAAACUUUAGACGAAGAGGUUCGCGAGCUAAUUCAAAAUUAUAAACAUAAAAGAGCUACUGCCUACGAGCCCUGUACAGUUAAAAACAUAAAGGAAUGUUUAAUUGGCCUCAGCGAAGAGUUUGGGUUGCUUAACAUAAGCUACAUUUUCAAUCCGUAUAUAGACUUUUCCGAAAACACUAUAGAUUCGGAAGCCUUAGUGAAGCUUGUUAACUCCGUGUGGACUUUAUUACAAAAACACAAAAAUGUUGCACAAAAAGCUGAUGAUUUAGAGGAACGGAAUCAUAUCCUGGAACAUAAAAAUAAGCAACUAAACGGGCUAGUGACAAGAUUGAAAGAAAAGAUAAGCUCAGAGAAGAAUGAGUCCAAGGCCUGCGUUGCAUCGGCACAGAGGAUAUCAGACCACUCUGAUGAAGUGGUGCACAAAAUGACAGACAUGCGUUCCAAAUUGUUACAAGUUACCAAACAAAAGGAAGCUAAUGAAAGAAAACUACACAAUGAAAUAACUAGACUUAAACUACAAAAUGAUAAACUCACUGAUUGGCUUAGGAAUAAAGAUCUUCACACUCAUCCUACCAAUGCAGCACAGGCUGUGUGCAAAACUAUGAAAUCAGAACAUGAUGAUUAUGUUAAGCAUUUAAAGAGAAUAAUAAGCAAAUUGGAAAAUAACAAUCAAAUGUUAUUACAAGAAGUUCUCAAACUCAAAGAAGAACUCAUUUUUAGAGGAAUGGACCAGUUCACUUUGGAUAAUGGAAAUAAUUAAACUCAUCAAACACUUAUUUUAACAUAAGUUACCAACAAGAGCUGUGACAUUUUUUUUAUUAACUGAUACUAACUGACUAGUUAUGUACCAAUAUUACCAAAAGAUUUAUUAUUAGACUGCAGGCAUUGGACUAUAUUAACUAUUAAACAAAAUAAUAUGUAUAAAACAAAAUCACAUUUAUUUUCUCAGUAUUUAUAACUGUAUGCAAGUAUGCAGUUGAAUAUAAUCUAACGUCUAAUCAUCAGUAUUAUAAAAUAGCAUUAAGUAAUAUUGACACUAUGUAAAAACUAACCUAAGUUUAAUUGACACAAUUUUUUAAAUUUAAUAAUAUUUCUUGAUUUGUUGCUGAUUUUGUAAUUGAUCUGUCUAUCAUUACAGUUUUAUAUUAUAACUUCA